AUGCUUCUCCUGCAGAGAAACUACAACAGUCGACAAGUUACAUUUCCUUAUAAGGAGCCAAGCUGGAGUGGCUUGCCAGGAGAAGGUUAUUCAUUUGAAGUUUUAAAAAAUGGUGCUAUCAUUGAAAAUGUUGAAUUGAAAGGCAAAGCAUUCUAUGUUUUUGGACGUUUACCUAGUUGUGAUGUAACUAUGGAGCACCCAUCUUUGUCCCGAUAUCAUGCAGUUGUACAGUUUUGUAAGAAUCCUGAAGAAAGUGUCUCUGAAUCCGGUUGGUAUUUGUAUGAUUUAGACAGUACUCAUGGAACAUGGUUGAAUAAAAAUAAAGUGAAGCCAAAUGUGUAUCAUAGAAUCAGAGUUGGUCAUGUGGUGAAAUUUGGUGGAAGUACAAGACUUCACAUUCUACAGGGUCCCGAAACAGACCAAGAAGAAGAGUCUGAAUUAUCAAUAACAGAAAUAAAACAACAGAGAGAAAAACAGAAACGUGAAGCGGAAGUCUUAAGACUGGCUGAAGCAGAACAAAAUGAGAGAGUUCGACAACAAAUGACAGGAGAUGAUGGUUGCUCCUGGGGCAUGGGAGAUGAUGCUGAAGAAGAAGUAGAAGAAGGGGAGACAAUUUCUCUCAAACCUGAAAAUGAAGAGUUAUAUAUUGAUGAUCCUAAAAAAGCUUUAAAAGGAUUUUAUGAAAGAGAAGGGUGUGAUUUACCAGAGUAUAUUAUAACUGAUGGAGCACCUGGUAAAUAUAAAUGUCGGGUUGAUCUACCAGUAGAUGGUCAGAAUGGAGAACCUCUAAUAGCUGAAGUUAUGAUCUCUGGUAAGAAGAAAGAGGCAGUUGUAGCCUGUGCUUUAGAGGCUUGUAGACUACUAGAUAGACAUCAACUUUUACGUCAGGCCAAACAUGAAAGUCGUAAGAAGAAAGCCAAGAAUUGGGAAGCUGAUGAUUUUUAUGAUAGUGAUGAAGACACAUUUUUAGAUCGAACUGGUACAAUAGAGAAGAAACGUACUAAACGUAUGAUACAAGCUGGGAAAGCAGAUAAUAAAGGAGAUUCAUAUGACACAUUGGUAAAGAAACAUAAAGCAGUAAUCAGUGAAAUGGAAGAGAUUGAUGCUAAAUUAGAACAGGCUAAAGCAGCAUUUGAUGGUGAUGAUGUGGAUGCUCUAGAUGCCUAUAUGUCAGCUAUUAAAGCAGGGGUCAUGGAUACUAAAACUAAGAUGAAUUUAAAGCGAAGGUUGAUAGUUUUACGUACUGAAGAAAUGAGAUAUCGAAAACUAGUAAAUAUUGCUAAACCUGCUUCGUUACCAGAACUCAAACAGUGA